AUGUACUAUGUCGGUCUAGACACUGACCGUAAGUUCAACUUGCCAGGAUUUUGGCCAGAUCCUGAAACUUUAAACCAGAUUCCUAAAGAACCUCACGAGAUUCAAGCUGAACUUGCAAGAAUCAAGAGGGAGAGAGCCGAGAAGAGGGCUCGUUUGGAAGCCAGAGCCAAGGAGCUCGGAAUCACGGAGGACGACGUAUAA